AGAGGAAGAGUCAGUUCAGAGCAGAGACACAGAGCAGAGAUCACUGUGGUGAGAAGAGAACAGGAGAUCAAGAGGAAAAGAGGAAAAGAAACGGACUGUCUCAAUCAUCAAAUCAGGAUGUUUGUUCUCAUCUGGGCGACUCUGCUUUUCUCUGUGAGAGGCAUCACUGCUGAUACAGGUGCUUCAGUGGGGGAAAUAACACGGUGUCAAGAACAAUUCUGUAUCACUCUCACAGGAGGAGAAAUAAAAGCAGAGGCUGGACUCUGUGUUGUGAUACCGUGUUCUUUCAACAGUACUAAAGGCUUUACACUUCAACGUAUGUUGUUUAUGAAAUGUGAACCAUCUACAAAAACUUGUAAGGGGCCGGACAUUAUAUUCAGCACUGACGAGAACAAUCAAGUUCAGUCUGGGUUUAUAGGACGACUUUCACUGUUGGAGCCUGACAUGAGUCAGAGGAACUGCAGCAUCAUCAUCAAUGACCUCACUGAGUCAGACUCUGGAUCAUAUCAGCUCAGAGUUGAGGGUUCACUGAAUAAUGAGAAGAAGGGAUUUACAUUCCAGCUAAAAUCAACUGUCUCUGUUAAAGGUCUGACCCAGAAGCCCACAGUGAUGGUUCCUCCUCUGACAGAGGGACAGCAGACCACACUGACCUGCACUGCUCCUGGUCUCUGCUCUGGAUCUGAUCCUAAAGUCACCUGGACGUGGAGAGGAGCAGGAGAAAAGACCUCGCACAUCACAGGAAACAUCACUGCUUUCAAGACUGAGAAUCUGACUGCUGUCACAAAGAGACACAGCUCAACUUUGACCUUUAACCCUUCAGCUGAACAACACGGCUCCAAUGUCACCUGUAAGGUCAGCUUCACAAACAACAUCAGUACAGAGGAGACAGUGACUCUGAAUGUGACCUAUCUACUCAAUGCAUUUUUAUUAGACUUUUCACAGCCAGAAGUCAUCAUUGCGUUUUUCAUUGGGAUACUUCUUGCAUCAACGCUCUGCUGUUUGGCCGUAAAAUGCUGCAGAAAUAAACAGAAGAACUCUGCUGAGGCUCUGGAGAUGAUAGAUGCUGGUCAAGGAGUGGACAAUGACCAAGGGGAAUCUGAAGAAGGAGCUACAGCUGCUGGGCAAUCUGCCUCUGGUGGUGAUGUGGAACCAAAAGAGUUGGAGUACUCUGACAUCGACUUUUCCUUGGUGAAAAGGAAGAGUCCCUUAGGGGCAGAGAAUACCCAAGAGACCAAAGAUACAGAGUAUGCCGAAAUCAAAAACAAAGCAAAAGAGGAGAGACAAAACGAUGGUGCUGAGGAGGUAGCAAUGGUGGAGGGCAGUGAAGAGGAGGAGGUGAUGGUAGGGGAAGAUGAGGAGACAAAACAGUAUCUGCCGAAGGACGAGGAAGGAGGUGAGGAUGUGGCAGUGUACUCCAAUGUGAAGGAAAUAAUGUGUGAGAUAGAAGGACCGUGUAGCGUGGAGGAGUCACUUAAUAAUUAAUGUUUCUUUCCUUUUUUUAAAUUUGGAAAGAGAGAAAACACAACAGGUGAUUCAACGCAGACAGAUGAGACAUAAUGUAGUGAAACAAGCUUUACAUUAAACAUAGGACGAGCUUUAGUGCAAGAUGGGGUUGAUAAAGUGCAGAAAUUCAUGUUUUAUAUUUGAUGCUGGUGUGUAUGUAUGAGGUUGAAGUAUAUCAUAUUUUACAGAAAGGAAAGCAUGUAUGUUCAAUGAGAAUAAAACAUAAAUAAUAAUAAUAAUAAUAAUAAUAAUAAUACAUUUUAUUUAAUAAGCGCUUUACAAAAAACUCAGAUACACUUUACAAAGGGGAUAAAAUAGAGAUAAAUAUUUUAAAACAUACAUCCUAGAAAAAUACAAUUAAGCAGGAAGUACAGACAAUUUAAAUGGUUAGACAUUAAAAGCAGACUUGAAGAAGUGUGUUUUGAGUGAAUUUUUUUUAAUGUAAGGGAGGGAAUCUGAAGUCUGGAUAUAAGUGGGAAGAGAGUUCCAGAGGAUCGGAGGCAGUAGCAUGAAAAAGGCCCUGUCGCUCUAUGUCCGAUGCUCGGUCCUAGUUGUUUGCGUGAAGAGGUCAGCAGUUGCCGAUCUGAGGGAACGUGUAGGAGUGUGACAUUGAAGGAGUUUGGAUAAGUAGGAGAUGGUGAUGAGGAGAAUCUUGAAAUGUAUGCGUUGCUCUAUAGGGAGCCAGUGGAGGUUUUUGAGGACUUUGGUGAUGUAUUCUCUGCAGCGAGUGUGUGUGUGUGCACUCGGACAGCUUAGUUUUGAACGUAUUGAAGCUUUAUUGAUGAGUUUGGAGCGAACAUCAAAUAGAAGACUAUUGCAGAAGUAGGAUCUUGAGGUGACGAAUGAGUGGAUUAAGCGUUUGGGCAGAAGAAAAGAAAAGGGGUGGGCGGAGGAGGGCAAUGUUUUUGAGAUGAUAAAAAAGGCUGUUUUGACAAUGUGGUCAAUGUGGGAUUCAAAUGAAAGUGUUCAGUCAAAAAAUUACCCAGAGUUUGGGGAUGUUGAAGUAAGUAAAUCAAAAAUAAAAUUAAAAUAAAAGCGUACUGGGAGAGAAGCAGAAGAAAGAUGAAUAAAUGUGUUGUCAGUACUUAAAGAUGUAUAUGUUUAAAGGGGUCUUAGCAGACCUUUUUGUACCAAAGUGCACUUUUGUUGUGAUCUUUUUAUUUAAAGCCACAAUAUGUGUAGCCGUGGCUCAUGAAGUAAAGCAACCGAGUUGUACAGUAAUUGCAGGGUUAGACACUUAACCUUAAAUCUUGUUGUCAUGUGCUUGAUAAAAAGUUAAUUUAAAUGCAGUCAAUUUAUAUAAAAUAUUCAAACUUAGAUGCCUCUCAGUUGUAAUAUGUGUGUAUCUUUAAGUGCUCUGCUGGAUCUCCAGUGGCCUUAUGUUUGCAAGUGCAGCUCUGUUCUUUUGAAUGGUAUUCAGAUUUGUGCACAAAUAAACGCUCAU